AUGGCGCCUCGGUCACGAAACGCCGCCGCUUCUGCGGACGCUGCGCAGAAAGACCAUCGAUAUGAUAUUCCCGGGCUAAGCUUCAACGAUGGCCUUACAUGGCGCGCAGGAAAACCUAUAGCGGUCGCAGAUCUUUUGAACCGACUUCAACAGUUGGGAAAUGAAUUGCGCAACUUCGACGAUGAUCAGGUGGAUUCGCACAGCUUCAAAACUCUGGCACACGACUUGGCCAAUGCCAACCUGCUAGGGCACAAAGACAAAGGUGUAAGAGCAUGGACUGUGGCUUGCAUUGUCGAUGUCUUGAGACUUUGCGCUCCUAAUGCGCCAUUCAUCGAGGGUCAACUCAAGGACAUCUUCACUGUCAUCAUCACUUCGAUCCUCCCAGCGCUGGCUGAUCCUACAAAUGCCUACAAUACGCAGCACGUCUACAUUCUACAUUCGCUCGCAGAGUCGCAAAGUAUUUUGCUCGUUACAGACAUACCCAAUCACGAGAACCUCAUCGUAUCUCUCUUCACCACUGCUUUUGAUAUCGUGUCGGGCUCUGGUAGCAGUGCUACUGGACUUGAAAUUUCCAAGAGCGUGGAAUACCACCUGAAGAAUUUGCUCGCUUCUGUGGUGGAUGAAGUGAGCCUCCCUCAGGAUGUCACGGAUAUCAUAAUCUCCCAAUUCAUGCGAGUCGAUGCUCGCCCCGGAGCCAAACAGAGCACCAAGUCCAAAAAGCGAGAAACCCAAGACAGCAAGCAAGACACUUUACUGCUCAAAGAAUAUCCUCCAGCUUACAACAUGGCCAAGUCACUGUGUACAACGUGUCCGGACAAGAUGACUGCUCAUGUUACACAGUAUUUCGGGACGGUCAUUGUCGAUGCUACCUCCACUAUCUCUUCAAAUGAUGCCGGGAAAGCAUCACACCGAAGGAUCUCAGACCUGGAGGGCUCCGAUGAUGAGCUAGAGGGAUUGGCGGAUUUGCGCAAAGCCCAUCGUCUGCUUCGAGAAUUGUGGCGCGCAUGCCCGGAUGUGUUGAUCAAUGUCAUCCCCCAGAUCGAGGCAGAAUUCUCUGCAGACUCUCCUACACUACGCCAAUUAGCUACAGAAACAAUCGGUGAUAUGACUGCCGGUAUUGGCAUUGCUGGACUUGCUCCAACUUCACCGCUAGAUCCGGCUGCCUAUCCACUACCUUCAAUCGAGCAACCUGAGCCAGUCGUGCAGGCAGCUAACCCUUUACUAACACCAGCAUCACCAAAACCAUUCGCUGCUGUUCACGCUUCUGCAUAUCAAGUAUUUUACGGCCGGCGACAAGAUAAGAUACCAGCGGUUCGCAGCGCUUGGGCAAUUGCUGCGUCCAAAAUACUCCUUACUUCUGCUGGUGGCAUCGGACUGAGUGAUAAUGAGCUACAAGACUUGCUGUCCGGCUUCGCGCUUGCCCUUCGUGAUCAUGAAGAACAAGUCCGGCUCACGGCUGUCAGGUCUUUGCAUGGCUUCAACUAUCAUGCGCUUAUCAACGUCUUGGGCGCGGAUGGAGGCCUCUCAAAACCAAACACUAUCUUCUCGACCCUGGCUGAGCGAGUAAUAGACAGAAAACAAAUCGUGAGAGAAGAGGCAAUCAAUAUUCUAGCUCAGAUUUGGGGAGUCGCCUCGCGUGACGUCCAAAACGGCGUAGAAGCGGUAAGGUCGACAGUAGGGGAUUUUCCAAACCGAUUACUUUGCGCAUAUUACACGAACGACAAACAGAUCCAUGCAUUGAUUGAUAAAGCCCUAUACGAGAGUCUCUUGCCAUUGUCAUUUCCACCAAUCAAGGCCCAGGUAUCAAAAUCCGAAAGUCAGAAACAAAAAUCAAGAGACAAAGAGAGCAAUUCACAAGAAGAGGCCGCAUCUGAUCCUGAUGCCAUUAGAGCGUAUCGCGUACUUACCCUGGUCCAGGGUCUAGAUGCGAAAUCUCGACCUAUAUUCUUCCACCUACAAAAUUUGCAAGCACAGAUAAGCAAAGCGGUACUUGGAUUUUUGCAAAAAUGCGAAGAAUACAACGGUGGAGUUGUUGACGAAGGGGUUUCUGAAACAACAAUCAAAAGUCAACUGACUCGCCAAAUUGAACAUCUCUCUCGUCCUUUUCCAGAUCCUGGAGAUGUUACGACCGAUCUUUGGCGAUUCGCGAAGCAACACAACCGUCGAUGGUAUCAGUUAAUCAGGUUUGCUAGUGGCCCGGAAAACGAUUAUCGAACCGUCACCAAGGCGAUUAAGGAGCUUCAGAAACGUAUUCGUGAAAGUUCCCCUAAUUUGCAUUCAUUAUUGGAUACGGUCAUGCCACUCGUAUACAAGUGCAGCCUGGUCAUCUUCAACAGAAGCCAUGUUCCAAAGAUCAUGGACAUCUCUCGAAGUGAUGAAGGUGGAUUAUCAGAUGUCGCACAUGAAGUUCUUCGAGAAAUCUCUGCGCGGAACCCAGAAGUUCUCAAAUAUCAUAUUCAAGCACUUUGCAAAGAGCUCGAAGAGGAAGCCCCAACUCAGACGAAAGCCGAGGAGACUGGGGCUGCUAACACACUGAAGGCAUGUGCCGCAUUCGCCAGAAAAUAUCCUGGAGAUGUUCCCAAAGAGCGCAAAUUUCUGAAUGCUUUGACGAAUUUCGCCCUCUACUCUCAAUCUCCGCGAGCUGCGAAACAUGCUGUCUCAAUCCUUCUCCAUGUAGCGGACAAAAAGGAAAUGUACGCAAAGGACAUUCUUUCCAAAGCAUUGAAGGAUUGUACACCAGGUUCUGAUCAGUUCUUGGGCCGAUUAGCGACCAUCUCCCAGAUUUGUCUGCUAGCACCGGGCAUUGCGACUCUCGAGGCUGAAGCUAUCAAUAAACUUGCUGUCACCGACAUUCUACUGGAAUCUCGCUCCCGCAGCACUAAAGGAGAUUCGAACUCAUGGGACGAGGUUCCUGAUUCGGAAACGAUCUCGAAAGCUCUUGCUUUGAAGAUUCUUGUGAACCUAGUCCGCUCUCAAGAUGAGAAGGCAGAAGACAAUCAAUUCCAGCAAUUCACAACUGAAGCCUACAAAUACUUGACAAGAUUGGUGAAAGAUGAUGGGGAAAUUACCGCCUCAAGAGAUACACCAGCAGCUCAAAGAAAUUUCCUGCGCUUAACGGCUGCUCGGUUCAUAUUGAAGCUCUGUACUCACAAAAAGAAGUGUGAAGAAUUAGUCAGUGCUUCAAUGUUCAACUCGAUGGCUAUGAUUUUAAUCAAUCCCCCGAAUGCUGUGCGGACGGGCUUUGUCAAUCAGCUCAAGAAGUAUCUUGGACACGGCCGCUUAGCACAUCGAUGGUUCACAACAUUGUUCUUAUUGGCAUUUGAACCAGACAGUGAUUUGAAACUAUCCACCAUGGCCUGGCUGAAGUCACGCGUGCAGUAUUUUGCAAAGCAACAACUACAGGCCAAGAAUGGCGAUAAGAAGCCUGUUCAAAACGUCAUGGAAUCGAUUCUUUCGCGCCUCCUGAGUUUGUUGGCUCAUCAUCCAGAUUAUCCGAGUCAGGAUGCUGAAGACUUUGAUGGAGAGUUGCUGGAUUUCUCCAAAUACAUUAUCUUCUAUCUUGUGACCGUUGCAACUGAAGACAACUUGUCACUGAUCUUCCAUGUUGGUCAACGAGUCAAAGGUGCAAGGGAUGGCAUUUCUGGGACGGAGGAUGCCAGUGUGCGUUUGUACGUCCUCAGUGAUCUGGCACAAACUGUCAUUCGAAACUAUGCAGACCUCAUUCCAGCUCACGCUAAAGGAAUCAAUCUCCUGCAAACCUGGCCUGGUCAAGUGACCCUUCCUCGAACACUCUUCAAAGCCUUGCCCAGUCAUGAAGUUGCGCAAGAAAUUGCUGAGAAGAAUUAUCUACCUGAAGACGUUGCCAGUGGGCUUGAGAAGUUGGUCAAAUCAUAUGUCAAGCAGUUGAAGAAUCCAAAACAACCAUUGAAGAAGCCAGCAACUAACGACAAAAAGCGCAAGAGCGAAGUAUACGACUUAGACAGUGAAGCCGAGGAGAAGCCUAAACAAAUCAAAAAACCAAAGAGGGCGACCUUGGCCAUCAGAAAAACUCCGAAACCUAAGCGUCAAAAUCUGGAAGUUUCCAGCCCAGUAGAGGCAUCUCGGAAAAGCUCACGCGUGUCAAAUGCCAUCAAGUAUACGGAGGCGGAUAGUGAUGAUGACGAUGCUGAGAUGGAGGAAAAUGACAAGGCACCCAAGAGUCCCACUUCCCAAAGGAAGAGAAAGGCUGCGGAGACAGACGAAGAGGAAGAGGGCAACGAUGAGUCAGAUGAGCAUCCCGCAGAUGACAUACUAAGUGAGCAAGACGUACAGUCCGAGCCAGGUGUCCAAGCGGAUGAAGUUGAGGCGGACGCUGAAGCCGAAGGGACUGUGCCAGAAAAGUCUGAAAUCGAAGAAGAUGAGGAGGCGGAGGUAGACCCAUCACCUCCACCAACGAAAAAAGCGAGCAAAGGUGUAUUAAGAAGCACGAAUGGCCGAGCAGCUCAGAAGAAAAAGCCCACGCCACCAGCGAAGAAGAGCGCGCCCGCGAAGAACAAGACGCCGGAACGGAGCACGCGGUCCACGAGACAGAUUCGAGGCUUGAAGGCAUGA